GUUACGAAAACAUAAACACGAUAACAGGCGGGACACAUGUGCUCUCUCCUAAACUUUGAAAAACUGCAACAUUCCUUAAUUAACGCGCUCAAAGGAAAUAAUGUCUGUACUGUUGUCAGUGCUGGUCGGUGUGCUUGCUGCAUACAUACUGAUUUAUUACAGCCUAUUUAAAGGAACCCGAUUUAAGAGCAACGUGACGUUAAAGGGAAAAACCGCAAUUGUCACAGGGAGUAAUACAGGCAUUGGCAAAACCACAGCCUUGGAUCUAGCCAAAAGAGGGGCCCGAGCGAUCCUCGCCUGCAGAAACAAAGAGAAAUCUGAAGUUGCAGUUUAUGACAUAAGAAAGGAAAGCGGGAACCCUGAGGUAUUCGACAUGCAUCUGGACCUGGCCAGUUUGAAGUCCGUACGUGAUUUUGCAGAGACUUUUCUGAUGAGUGAACCGAGACUCGACUUGCUCAUUAACAAUGCAGGUCUUAUAGCAUCAGGCAGAACUGAAGAUGGUUUUGGCAUGGCGUUCGGCGUCAACCACAUUGGCCACUUUUUGCUGACGCUGUUGCUGUUGGAUCGUCUAAAGCAGGCAGAGCACAGCCGUGUCGUCAACGUGUCUGCCCUGCUGCAUCGGCUGGGGUCUGUGGAUUUCAACCUCCUCAACACGCAGAAGGAUGUGGUCACAGGUCAAUCGUCCUGGCACGCGUUCAGAGCCUACUGCCACAGCAAACUGUGUAAUGUGCUCUUUACCCGUGAGCUCGCAAACCGACUGGAAGGGACGAGUGUCACUUGCUAUUGCCUGCAUCCAGGUGUUAUCGCAACUGAGAUCGGUCGAAAUAUGGGUGUGCUGCAGAAGCUGCUUUUCCUGCCCAUGUCCAAGCUGUUUUUCCUGGACCCAGAGGGAGGUGCCCAGACCACGCUUUACUGUGCUUUGCAGGAGGGACUCGAGCCUCUGAGUGGACGGUACUUCUCUUCCUGUGCCCUGCAGAAUGUUAGCGCUCACGGAUGGGACGAUGCCUUGGCCAAGAAGCUUUGGGAAGUGAGCGAGAGGCUGUGUGGCCUAUCGUGAGUGAGCUCACACAGACUCUUCAGACGCACAGGCCUCACAGCUGGGACUCUGUCGGUCUCCAAACCCCCUACCUGAUGCCAUUGAACCAGAGAGGUGCUCUUGUAUCCUUUUACUACAGUAUUCCAAGCUCAAUGGUGAUCAGGUGGGGUGUGCUGAUUGGAUUCAUGGGGUCUCAUUGAUCUCCACUCGUUGACGCACAUACAUUUUUGCACUCGUUAUUGUAGGAGGGAUCGAUUGACCAUGCUUGCCGUGCCAAAGUAAACUCAUGUGGCGUCCUGACAUCUUGGAACUCGGAAAACUUCCUACUUUAAAAUAAUCAGCGGA